AAGACAGGGGGAGGAGAGGGGGAGAGAAAGGAGGAGUGCCUGAUCAUUUCCUCUCUAUUCACUUUUUCGUUCCCCUGAGCCGUCACUCCACUCGCUCUUCACUGACUUUUCUGUGCGGUCUGUAACGAGCACGUCUCCUUUUAUCCCUCCAUUCUUUUCACUUUUGGACAUCAAUGCGCGCGCGACACGGAGCUCGCGGCCAGUGGAGAUCUAAGGCGCAGUGAUGCUCUGUGAAAGUGAUUCAUCAUCAUAAUCAUCACCAAACAUCAUCAUCAUCAUCUGUUCUAAUUAAGAAGAGUUCCCGUGCACUUCAGAGGACGCCAAAUUUAACAAACAUGUACGCUGUAGUGCUCGCGGCUGUAUUUGGAGUGGUGCGUGUGUUCUCGGCUAAGGAAGUGUGUCAUUCAGGAGCGUACACGACUAACGGCGAGUGCUGCAAACAGUGUCCCCCGGGUGAGGGCAUGGUCCAGCCGUGUGGAAACAAGCAAACAGUGUGCCAGCCGUGCCUCGACAGUGAAACGUUCUCUGAGAACUUCAGCCACACCGAGAAAUGCACACGAUGCACAAACUGCGGUGGGCUGUUACGCAUGGAGAAGCCAUGCACGGACACUGAUGAUGCGACCUGCGUAUGCGACUACGGCUAUUUCAUGUCGCAAAUUACGGGGCAGUGCCAGGCGUGUACGGCAUGUCCAUUGGGCAGCGGCGUGCUGAGACGCUGCAGCCCCACGGAGGACACCAUGUGUGAGACUUGCGUGGAUGACACAUACUCAGACCAGGAGAGCGAGCUGAACCUCUGCCUACCGUGCACCAUCUGCGAAGAUACAGAGGAACUCCAGCACUGCACCCCUGUCAGCGACACUGUGUGCCAAGAAAUGAGCCUUCUGAAUGCUUCAAGCACACCGCUGUUCCCUGAGGAGCCAUCAGACCCUCCAUUUGAAUUCACCAAUUUUCCACCGGAAGUUCUACCAGAAUCCACAGAGAGCAUGCCGACAGUUGUCCCUGAAUCUAAAAAACUGGGCCUGGGUUAUAAUCUCAUUCCACUCUAUGCCUCCAUUGUACCCACUGUGUUGCUUGGCCUCAUUGCCUUCAUUAUCAUCAAAAGGUGGAAGUGCUGCAAACACAACAAACAAGACUGUAGUAAUCGAUCAGGCACAGAGAACCCAAGCCAGACACCGUCGCCCGAGGGAGAAAAACUGCACAGUGACAGUGGCAUCUCUGUAGAUAGCCAGAGUUUACAGGAAGGACAAGGACUGCAACAGACAGUGUUGAAGAUCGACGGUGGCCUGAGUUUGCCUCUGCAUGCUUGUGAAGAGCUGGAGAAGCUCGUCAGCGAUGAGGGACCAAUAGAAAACGACUGGUCCAGCCUGGCUGGCUUGCUUGGCUAUGAAGAAGAGCGCAUCGCAUCUUUUGGCCAGGAGGAGAGGCCAAUCCAAGCGCUGCUGAAUGACUGGGCGAGCCAUGACUCUGCCAGUGUCGAUGCACUUUGUGCUGCCCUGAGGAAGAUUAACCGGGAAGAUCUCGCUCAGUGUAUCAUGCCCAAGUCCACGGCUACCUCCGUUGUGUGAGGAGAAACACCCUUAUGCACCCUUUAGCUCCCCUGCUUACACAACACAACCACAUACUACACAAAUGUAUUAAAUGGUCCAUCAUGCUCAUUUCAAAUAUUAAUGCCACCAAGCCUAAACUUCAGGUUGUCAGAUUUACAGCUAAAAUAUAUUAUUAGCAUCAUCAAAGCCUCUGCUUUUACACAGCAUCGAAUUCAAUUAUUUCUCACUUUACACUGAUUAAGGCUGAAGCAAAAUGGGCAAAGCAAGUUGAACACAGGACUUUUCUUGUUUUAUUUCUUCACUGGCACAUGCCUGAAAAUGCCGGGUUAUAAUUAUCACAUUAAUCGUUGUGGUUGAAUUAAACAAAAUGGCUUCUUCCCUUAUUAUUUGACAGCUAACAGCACUUGAUAUAGUGCAUCCGAUUAUUUUGCAUUAAAUUUUUUUAACAAACGAAGACACAACAUACUAAACUGAAGUCAGAGUUAAAAUCUAAAUAUUAUUCAAUAUUAUUCUCCUCUAAAGAAAACAUGGCCAAUGUUUAAAGACUAUGCGUGCACACUUUAUUAAUAAAGUGUGAAAUUUCACUAAAUGAUCCUCAUUAAAUACGCUUAACUCCACAUAUGGCUCUUGUAGCGAUUUCGGUAACAACAGCCUGAAAAUCAAGCCAAGCUGUAUGAACACAUAGUGAGUCUGUCCUUCGUCUUCUGUUCAUGAAUCCACUCAGACAAUGCUUCAGGACCCAAAUCAAUCUCUCCAAUCCUGUCUGUACAGAUAACACAAUUAGAAUCUUUACCUCCGGUGCUCACCCUUCAGCUAAUCAGCGUUUCAUCGAAUCUGUUUUUCCGUAUUCACUUACAGUAGAAAAAAAAGCAGAACAACUGUGUAAAAUAUGCCAUAAAUAUGCAAUGUCGAACAGUAUGCAAGUGAAUAACUAAAGCCAUGUUGCCCAGAGGCGGAGAGGCUGCUGGCACCACAAACUGCCUGGAUCAACUUCAAAGGAGAAAGUCAAGCCUCUGAUAAAGAAAUUUAUAGAUGCUCUGGUGUAAGAAGGAGAGGGAAAAUAACACUUGUGUGUGUGCGCUAAUGCUAACAGAUUUUUAUUUUUUGUUUUAUUUUUUACUUUUUUAUUUUUUGCUUUAUUUUAUGACUAGUUGUUGCCAUGGUAACUCUUUGUUGCCAUAAUCAAUUUUUUAUUUCCCUAUGAUUACAAUUUUUUGCCACUUUGUUGCAACGGUAACACUUUUUUCAUGAUACCUUUUCUAUUGCCAUGGUAACUAACUCUUUGUUGCUGUGGUUAUCCAACAUUAUGAUUAUUUCCAUAAGCCAAAAUAUCUGUAAUCACUAACAAGCAUCUUUUUUCCGUUUUCCGGUUAUUUGUCAGUUUUUCAUUUGACAUUUGAUGUGAAGCAGGAAAGGUUUAACAGACAGAAAGGUUUAAAAGUGUCGGUGUUGUGGUGGUCCAAUUUAAAAUACAAGGAAACUUAGUAUACUGUUUUUUUUUUUUUGUUGAACAGGAAGGUAAGUUGAUCCCAGUAGUUACCUGGCCAGGGUCAUCACCAUGACAAAAGAGCUUGGUCAAACCACCAUGACCUACAUCAAAAUGACAAACACACGCUCUGGAAACACACACACACACACACACACACACACACACACACACACACACACACACACACACACACACACACACACACACACACACAUACACACACUAACCAAAGCAACCCUAUCAGAACAAUUCAGGUUAACUAAAAUCAAAUGAACAAAAUGAAGGCUUUAUUAAUUAAGAGAAACAGGACACCACGUAAACAACACACAUUGACACUGACUGCAUUGAUACAAACCAGAAACAACAAAGAACGCAACUAGCAUUUGAUCACAGCAUGCUCUUCUCCAGGCAUUUAGGCUGAUCUGAAAUCAGAUCAGAGUUUAAGAGCCGAGGCCGUAUAACUUAGGUGGAAGUUUGAUUCUUCAUUUUUGCACUGGAAUUAUGACGCUCAAAAUCUCACUGUAUAAAUCAGCUCAGUCAGCUUUUUUUUCAGAUGGAGCUGUUCAGUGUCUCAAACAGACCUGCUGAUGUGGUUAAAAUAAUAAACAUGCAUAGAGCUAAUAUGUGUUGUACCAUUAAAUUGCUAAGCUGAAACAUAUUAACAGGCCAUUUAGAAUGCAGGCAGUUUUAACAUAGCUAUGCCUUUUUUCAAACAUUUAGACAGUGCUAAGAUAGUCAGGCCUGAUUAAUGGAAUAAACUCUGUGGAUGCUAAAACACCUUUAAACAUGUUAUAGAUUUAGUGCAUAAUGCUAACCUGGUGGAUAUAAACUUCCAUUGCUUUUAGCAACAUUAUCCCUGAUCCAAAACUCUAACAAAACACAGGCCUCCAAAAUCAACUACAUUUGGUGUACAUUUCCUUUUUAUCCAAACUGUUCAAGCCUUCAACUCUAAUGACUUUCGACAAGUUAAUGAUGAUGUGUGUUACUAAUGAAAGUACUGAGCUAAGGGAAAAAAGAGAAACAGAUAUCCAGAGGCGCAGAAUUAUCCUAAGGUUUUACAUUAGUGACACUUUUAAACCUUCUUAGACAUAAGAACUAACAUUUGUCCUCCACUGUAGAGCGUUACUAUGCUAUGUGUCAUCUCCACAAAGGAUUUAUAGUUAACUGAAAGGUAAAAAGAUGUUUAGACUUAAUCGGCCUUUUCACGAUGAAUAGGAGAUGACAGGAAACCUGUGUAAGAGGUCGAAGGUGUACGGUUCUCUUUUGAUUCUGACAGCAUGGAAUGACUGGCCGUAAAUCCUCAGGAGUCAGUCGAAGGAGAAGCGAUAAACUGGUCCGGCCUCAAAUUUUUAUUUUAAUUCAGUCACCUGUUCUUUGGGUUAUACUUUUGAAAUCACCAGUGUGCUAAAUGGUCACUUGGUAUUUAUUUUAUUUUUUUUACAAAAUGUAAUUACCUUUACAUAAAAUAAAUGAUAUCAAAUGUUGAAAUGGAUUGGAAAAUUCGCUUCAAGCUUCAUAUAGCUAACAAAAUAUGGAAGUAAAUUCCGUUCAUUUCAAAUUACAUGUGAAUACUCAUAAUGGUAUCUAUGAUUUUUCUAAAUUUGUGUUUAAAAGUUUGCUUUGUGAAUCUGGAGAAUAAUAAAACUCAAACAGGAAUACUUGCAGGUUCUAACAGUGAGAUAUUAAAAAUAACUCCGACAGGAAUAAUCUGAGAUACUAAUAAAAAUCAGGCAAGUAUAAUCUGAGAUACCACUAAUAAAUCAGAGAGGCAGGAAUAAUCUAAGUGGUUGAGGCUCUGGGUUGUUGAUUGGAAGAUUGGGGCUCAAGUCCUAGCACUGCCAAGCUGCCCCUGAGCAUGGUUCUUUUCACCUUCUUUGCUUCAAAUGCACUGCAUCAUGGCUGACCCUGUGCUCAGACGCCAACUUCCAAAAUUGGCAUAUUCAAAGAAAGAAUUUUUAAUUGUGCUGUAAAGUAUAUGUGACAAUAAUAAAGCUUUCAUCUUCUAAUAAAUCAAAUAGGAAUAAUCUGAAAUAGUAGAAAUAAAUUAGACAGGUAUAAUCUCAGAUUAGGGUACAUUAAAUUUUUUUUUUUUAAGUUUUGUCAUAUAGUCAUUCUAUAUGGCUUAAAUAUCAGCAACCUCUACACCUAUAUCAGCAAGUCUGCUUAUAACAUUUUGGGUGAAAUAGACUUCCAAUGUGUGUUAGCUAUAUUAGCCUCACAACUAAUGUGUAGUGAUAUUGUUUAAUCCAGUGCAGGAAUAAUGAAGCAAACAUCACACACUGGGGACUAUUUUUAUGGCCAGGAUUUUUUUUGCAGCAAAUUGUUCUUUUAAUUCGCAAAGGAAACCAUUUUUUUUAACACUUUUUCUUUUUUUGAGAUUUUCUUUACCAGUAAUGUUGUAAUACACACAAUCAUAUUGUAUAAAUAUCUAACUUGUUAUGAAGGUGUCCCCUUUUGUAAGAGGGAGUUUACUAAGAAGUGUAAUUAGGUUUUUGCUUUCUGUCUUUUUUCUUUACUGUUAUUAUUAUUUCAUUAUAUUUUUUAAACAGAUUAGGGUGUAGCACUUAAAACUAUAAAUACUGUAUAUGGAGUCUCACAAGUGCCUGAAAGGAUCAUCAGGUUUGUGUUGUUGUUAAAAUCUAUUUUUUGUAUUUUUCUAAAAAUGUAUUGUUCUUUAACUUCAGUUACUCAGCACAGAGAGACAACCAAGUCUCGAUUUCUAGAACAUCAGAAACCAAAAGGUUAAUUAAGGGGCGGAGCUUGAGUUGACCACAUCACUGUGAAAUCUUAGAAUACUGGUUUUAAUUACCCACUUUAAUCAUUUAAUUAUGUUAGAUUAUUAAACUGGCCAUCCACCUACUCUGAGAUAACCCAGCUAACAUAUGAGCUUUGCUAAUAUUUAACAAAUGUUUGACCUGUUUCGCUAGCUACCUAGCAAGAUAACAUUAUGCAAAGUAUUAUAUUGUAUCGUCAAAACAUAAUAUACAAAGACACUAGCAAGCUUGCUAACUGCGUAAUAAUAUUUAAUGUAUAUUAUCCUUUUUGGAAGUAAUUUAAUGCAAAUUUGUGAUGCACACAAUCCAAUUUUGACUAAACUGGUGAACUGAUUAAAUUUUACUUAAACUCAGCCCCUUGUUGCCUGAACAAUACCUUUCUUUGUGGAAGGCUGAUGUUAUUUCUGUCAUAAAAUUGUAAUUAACACUUUCAUUUUUUAUGUUAGUUAUUCUUGAAGCAGAGAUGUGCAGUGUCGAAUGUAUUCUUUCUUUUUUUUUUUUUUUGAGAAAAGGCCUGAAACCAACCAAAUUAUUAUUUGCUGGUCUUGGUAAAACAAGAAGCAAAUAUCAUCGUUUUCAUUCAUGCACUUAUAUAAGUAGCAUAAUGGAUGAUGGAGAUGAAGUUAAGGAGAUAGAGGAGGAGACACCAGGUAGCUUGUGGGUAAUUUAUUCUGGAAGUGUUCUGAAUGGGGAUAUAAUGUAUAAAAUUCUGAAUGUUCCUUGUAUUUACUUCUAAUGUACACUGUAUCAUAUAGAAAUGUGAAUUUGCUGAUACUCUUGAAUAAAACAGCCAAGAAACAAGGAAAUAAACUCAUUUGAGUUGCAACACCA